AGACCACGUUUCACCUACCUGCUGCUGAAUGAUUGAACGUUACUUAAAUGAUACACGGAUAUACAUUUUCGCCAUGCCUGUAAUUUAAUACAUUUAUUUACGUUUAUCCUCGUGUUUAUUCGGCGACUCUGGUAACAAAAAUACGAUUCAUUAAAGGGAACUCUUCCAGUUGAGUCUCGAGCGAGAUUAUUUAUUAUGAAGAGUGAUCGUGUUGUUGAAAAUUGUACGAGCUGUGAUUAAAAAAACGGUCUUGCAAAUAUGUGGGCAGAUACUAUUCUAAUUUUGUUUAUCAGUAUAUGCACAGCAUUACUAGGCGAAGGGUUGACAUGGUUGAUGGUGUACAGAACCGAAAAAUAUCAAAAAUUGAAGGCCGAGGUUGAGAAACAAAGCAAAAAGCUUGAAAAAAGAAAAGAGGCACAUGGUGAUUCUUUAGACAGACAACAAAAGAAAAAAAUCGAACGGGAGGAGGAGAGGUUGAAGAACAACAAUCGAGACCUUUCCCUUGUGAAGAUGAAAUCUAUGUUCGCGAUUGGAUUUGCAUUUACUGCGUUAUUAAGUAUGUUCAACAACAUAUUCGACGGACGAGUGGUCGCCAGAUUACCGUUCGUCCCAAUCAGCUGGAUACAAGGCUUGUCGCAUAGAAAUCUCCCAGGUGACGAUUACACGGAGUGCUCGUUCAUAUUUUUGUACAUAUUGUGUACAAUGAGUAUCAGACAGAACAUCCAGAAAAUGCUUGGCUUCGCGCCAUCCAGAACUGCGAGCAAACAGAGUGGCAGUAUCUUUGGACCUCCACCUCAGCAAUUUAAAUAAAUUUAAAUUUAAUAAAUUGUCACUGGUAUUUUUACAGAGAUCUCUUUUAUACAUCUUAUUGUGUGAUUCUGAGAAUUUAUUUGUAUCUAAUCUUUAUAAUCUUCAUAUGCUAC